AUGGGCAAUUUAAGGAUCUCAGAAUGGAGGAAGCUUCCAGUGAGUUUGGCAGAGCUUUGUAUAGAUACUACAUUACGUUGUGGACAAUCUUUUCGAUGGAAGAAGGCUGUAGAUGAAGAUUACUGGUCUUGUACACUACAUGGUCGUAUAAUAUCUCUUAAACAAGACUCGACUCAUCUUCACUAUCGUACAACAUUUCCUGAGAUCAAAGUUCCUUUGAAUCAUCAGCCUUUGGUGAAGGAGGAAGAGCUUGAAGAUGAGGAUGACACAGAAUCUUUACUUCGGCAUUACCUGAACCUGUCACCAAACUUGACUGAGUUGUAUGAACAAUGGUCUUCGGUCGAUCCAAAUUUCAAGAAAAGAGCACCUAAGUUUACAGGAGUUCGCAUUCUCAAACAAGAUGCCUGGGAGGCUCUGGUGGGAUUUAUUUGCAGUAGCAACAAUAAUAUUAUAAGGAUUUCUCAAAUGGUCAAUAAUUUGUGUUUACAUUAUGGCCCCCUCAUAGGACAUAUUGAUGACCAACCAUUCCAUGACUUCCCACAACCCGAAGCCUUAACUGGUUCUGGAGUAGAGUCACACCUCCGCGUUCUAGGCUUUGGGUAUCGAGCAAGGUACAUUGCUCAAACAGCGUCAAUUGUGGCAUCGAAGCCAAAAGGCUGGCUCGAAAAUCUUCGCAAUCCAGAGACUUUUGACAAGCCCUUUGAAGGGGAAAUUCCAGCAGGAGGACGUCCUGGUUAUAGAAAAGCACACGAAGAGCUUCUCGAGCUUCAAGGUGUUGGUCCAAAAGUAGCUGACUGUGUUUGCUUGAUGGGCUUGGGGUGGGGAGAGGCGGUUCCUGUGGACACUCACGUUUGGCAAAUUGCUCAAAGAGACUACAAAUUUGGAAAAGGAAAACAUAAAAGUCUCACUAAAGCUACAUACGAUGCAAUUGGUGAUCAUUUUAGAGGGUUGUGGGGUAAAGAGGCUGGCUGGGCGCACUCAGUCUUGUUCGCGGCGGACUUGAAAGCAUUUUCUGACAAACUUGUCAGCAAGGUCGAAGUCAAAGUGGAUGAGCUCGAGAUCAAGCAGGAAGAUGGAGAUGUUCUGGAGAAGAAAGUAGCAGUCAAGCGAGAGUAUCCACCAGAAGAGAUGGAUCUGAAAGAAGAAGAGAAAGUAGUGAUUAAGCGCGAAGGUGUUACGGAGGAGAUCGAAAUCAAGGAUGAAGUAAAAGUGUUUGAGCCAUCGGCAAGAAGUUCUCGUUAUCAAUUCGUUGUUUCAGAAGCUCUUGGACAUUUCCAAGGUCGUCUUCUAGCUCACGAUGGCCUUUCAUCUGAUAUCCUUCUGCGUACUGGUACUGCCCGCCGACACUAUGGGAUGGCUAGAUUUUUCUUCAAAAUCCAAGAAGGAAGAAAACAAUGCCACUCGGUCCUCCUUCUCGUGGGCGACAAUCUCAAUGCCACGGACUGGCAGCAUUACACGGAUCCGCGAACCUUGAUACCGACAAUUUUGUUGACCACCACCAUUUUGGUUUCCACGCGCUUCUAUCGCUCUUAUCUACGUCGCAUUCCUGAAGCUGCAUAUAUUCGACCCGGAUUCUUCAGGAAGAGGAGUUUACUGGCGGGCUGGGGAUGGAUGCCCGGCCGCAAGAAGUUACCCGAGGGAAAGGAUUUGAAAAACAAGACGAUCCACGUUCGAAUCGCCGGAGUCGACGCACCAGAAGGCGCGCAUUUUGGGAAACCUGCGCAGCCCUUUUCCGCCGAAGCGCUGACCUGGCUGCGGAAUUAUAUUCAGAAUCGACGCGUGCGCGCUUACAUCUAUAAACGCGACCAAUAUGAUCGGGUGGUGGCUACAGUUUGGGUGCGGCGAUUUCUCGUGCGCAAGGAUGUGGGAAGGGAGAUGUUGAGGGCGGGGAUGGCUACGGUGUAUGAGGCUAAGAUGGGAGCGGAAUUUGGAGACUUCGAGGCACAGUAUCGAGCGCUUGAAGAAGAGGCCAAGAGGAAGAAAUUGGGUAUGUGGUCGGGGAAGGAAAAGGAUUACGAAAGCCCGAGAGAUUAUAAGACCCGCACGGCGAAUGCAGCGAAUAUGAUGAAAUGA